AUGGUUGAUGUGGAUCGGGUCGAGGUACUGAAGGGACCGCAGGGGCCGCUUUUACGGCACGGGAGCACUGGGCGGCGUCUAUCGCGUGAUGACCAUUGCGCCCGAUUUGGGCCAAUUGCCGGUCGCUCCGUCAGCGUCUCGCCGGCCUCCCGGGUCACGGUGUCGGCGCGUCGGUCGAGGGCGUCGUCAACUUACCCGUGCGCCGGAUCAGGCCGCCUUGCGGUUGGUGGGCUACGUCGAUGUCGCGCCGCUGGAUCAACAACGCUGGAGGUCGCUCGGACGUCAACCGAACGGUCGUGCGCGGCACCAGAGCGUCGCUUCGCGCUGUCCCAAGCGAGGGGUGGACUUUUUGACCUCAUUGGCGCCGGUCCAGAACAUCCGCGCGCUCGACAGCCAAUAUGUGGAUCGCGACAAGGAAGAGCUGAUACGCGCAGACCGGACGCCGGAGCCACGGUCGAAUAA